GAACCUUAUUUUGAGAUUUGCUGUGACAACCGGAAGGGAACGAGUGCUACACCAAGAAGCUUUUCCCUGAAACUAGCAAACUCAUUCAGGGUUUGUGUUUGAAGCCACCGUGGUAAAAGAUAAAAUAUGUUUUUGACCAGAUCGGAAUAUGACAGAGGUGUAAACACAUUCUCUCCAGAGGGAAGACUGUUUCAAGUUGAGUAUGCCAUAGAGGCAAUAAAGUUGGGCUCCACAGCCAUCGGCAUCCAGACAUCAGAGGGCGUGUGUCUGGCUGUGGAGAAGAGAAUCACCUCCCCCCUGAUGGAGCCCAACAGCAUCGAGAAGAUCGUGGAGAUUGACAGUCACAUCGGUUGUGCCAUGAGUGGCUUAAUAGCUGACGCUAAGACUCUGAUCGACAAAGCAAGAGUGGAAACACAGAACCACUGGUUCACCUACAACGAGACAAUGACGGUGGAAAGCGUGACUCAGGCUGUGUCCAACCUGGCGCUGCAGUUUGGAGAGGAGGACGCAGACCCUGGUGCCAUGAGUCGGCCUUUUGGUGUAGCGUUACUGUUUGGAGGAGUUGACGAAAAAGGACCCCAGCUCUACCACAUGGACCCAUCAGGAACCUUUGUGCAGUGUGAUGCUCGGGCCAUCGGCUCAGCUUCAGAGGGAGCACAGAGCUCCUUGCAAGAGGUCUACCACAAGUCGAUGACAUUAAAAGAUGCCAUCAAGUCAUCUCUCACCAUUYUGAAGCAGGUGAUGGAGGAGAAGCUCAACGCCACUAACAUUGAGCUGGCGACAGUAGAGCCUGGUAAGACCUUCCACAUGUACUCCAAAGAGGAGCUGGAGGAUGUUAUCAAGGACAUCUAGACAAGAAAAUACCUGGUGUGAGUUCUGGGCUGGGAAGAAAAUAAAAAA